ACAUUUGGGUUUAUCACUUUAUCUGGGUUGCCGGUAGACGGCAGUCUCAGUCCUCGUUGUUUUCACUCAUAAACACAGGACAGCACCUUGCUGCAGCGCUGCUCGCUCCUCCGGCUCUGCUCGCUGCUGUAUCGCGACUGGACGCCAUCGCAGCAUCGCCAGGCGCUCCUUGGGACCUCGUCUCCCCACCUCUCGCGACCUCGUUCCAGCCCAAGCCGACUGAGUCGUCUAUCUUCGCCUUCUCUUUGGGAUCCCAGCCGACGAAUAUAGGAUUCUGAAAGAUACACCGAAUUUGGAUGGCAUCUCUAACUUCAAUAUCAAGAAGCUUCAUAAGACAAUCUGUGAUCAGCCGUCCAAGAACAACAACUGCCCCAAGAUGCAUGAGCAACUUGCCAGAGAAUGCGGUGUAUGGUGGUCCCAAGCCGCAGGACCAUAACAAGAGAACAACACUCACCACUCUCCGACAGAAGCACCACAAGGGGGAACCCAUAACCAUGGUCACUGCUUACGAUUACCCUUCUGCUGUGCAUCUUGACAUGGCUGGAAUUGAUAUAUGUCUAGUUGGUGACUCUGCCGCGAUGGUGGUCCACGGACACGACACCACCCUUCCAAUUACCCUUGAUGAGAUGCUUGUGCAUUGUCGAGCCGUCGCUAGAGGGGCUAAACGCCCUUUUCUUGUUUGUGAUCUCCCUUUUGGUAGCUAUGAGGCCAGCACUGGGCAGACGGUGGGAUGGAGGCAGUACUACUUAAGUGGGGCAUCUGAGCAUUUCAGCUACGGUUCAGAAAAGAAAAGACCAUCUACUAUUAGGCGAAUUGUACUGUUGUUGAAUCAUAAACAGGCUGUCGAAGCAGCAGUAAGAGUUUUAAAGGAAGGAGCUAUGGAUGCUAUUAAGUUGGAAGCCGGUGCACCUUCCAGAAUUACAGCCGCUAAAGCGAUUGUCAACUCAGGAAUUGCUGUUAUGGGGCAUGUUGGACUUACCCCUCAGGCCAUUAGUGUUCUUGGAGGAUUUAGGCCCCAAGGUAGAAAUGUUUCUAGUGCAGUCAAGGUUUUAGAAACUGCAUUGGCUUUCCAGGAGGCAGGGUGUUUUUCUGUUGUCAUGGAAUGUGUGCCACCACAAGUGGCAGCAGCAGCAACUUCUGUUCUUAAGAUUCCCACUAUUGGCAUUGGGGCUGGCCCCUUUUGCAGUGGUCAGGUGCUAGUUUAUCAUGAUUUACUUGGGAUGAUGCAACAUCCACACCACGCCAAGGUUACUCCAAAGUUCUGUAAACAAUUCGGGCAUGUUGGAGAUGAAAUCAACAGAGCACUUCUAGCAUACAAGGAAGAAGUGACUAGUGGUUCCUUCCCUGGUGCUGCUUAUAGUCCAUAUAAAAUCAGCCCCACUGAAAUGGAUGGUUUCGUGGAAGAGCUACAGAAGUUGGGUUACAAUGAUGCAGCAUCUGCAGCUGCUGCAGCAGAAGAUGGGAUGAUUCAGACUCCACCAAAAUGAUAACAGUGUGAGCUAAGUUGCUGAUGGCUUUCCGCCUAUUAGUUUUCGUUUCGGAAUAGUAAUAAUAAUGCGCCAAUUUUGUUGUAUUAAUUCCCCCCUGAUUACUACUCUUGUCAUACCUAGAUUUCCACCCUUUCUGUGCACAGCAGGAAGUUGAACAUUAGAUUAAACCCACAAGAUAUAAAAAAGUCCAACCAUUUAAUUUUUCAAUAAGAUGGGUGCAC